UUCUCGAGGCAGCAGACCUAUAUUACGGCAGGGAUUGACUGAGCGGUGCUGUCUCCAUGUGGAUUGCUACCAGAGGGAGGGAGAGAGAAGUUGCAUAUGAGAGCGCCUGCAGUUGUUUGGUUGAAACUUUAGCUUCAUGUCAGACGUCUUUAGCCUGUGUGAAUGAUAGCGAGCAGUGCGGAAUCGGUUCCUCUUUGAUGCUGCGGCCUAAUUAUCCACUUUCUUUAUACAGCACUUUCUGUUCGGUAAAUGGCGACGUGAGCCUACUCUUCUUUUUUUUUUCUGAGUGUGAUUCAAGGUAUUGCCCAUGAGCGCGAGUCGCAGCUUGUGUGAAAUUGAUCAUCAUCAUUACCAGCAGUAGCAGAAGAAGACCUUCUAAGGAACUUUUAAGGAGGCAGCGGACAAAGUCGGAUUAUUGUUGCGCUGAGGAGUGUGUUUGUGUGUGUUUUCUUUCUUUUUUUCCUGUUAAGUUUUAUUUAACCAGAGGAAGUCAUGACUUCGGUAUGGAAAAGACUGCAGCGAGUUGGCAAAAAGGCUUCAAAGUUUCAGUUUGUUGCCUCUUACCAGGAACUCGUUUUGGAGUGUACCAAGAAAUGGCAACCGGACAAGUUAAGGGUGGUGUGGACCAGGAGGAACAGACGCAUGUGUUCCAAGCUCCACAGUUGGCAGCCUGGAAUCAAGAACCCCUACAGGGGCAUGGUGGUGUGGCCUGUCCCAGAGAACAUUGACAUCUCUGUUACACUCUUCAAGGAGGUCAAUGCUGAUGAGUUUGAGGACAAAGAGUGGACCUUUGUCAUUGAGGGUGAAAACAAGGGGCAUCGUAAGGUGCUGGCAUCAGCAGACAUCAACCUGAAGCGGUUUGCCAGUCCGACGCCAACCCAGACGGACCUGACACUGAAGCUGAAGCCACUGUCUGUCAAAGUGGUGGAUGCCACGCUCAAGCUGUCGCUGUCAUGCGUCUUUGUUCGUGAGGGAAAAGCCACUGAUGAAGACAUGCAGAGUCUGGCCAGCCUGAUGAGUUUCAAACCCACAGAUAUCGGCAACCUGGAUGACUUCAAUGAGAGCGAUGAAGAGGAGGACAAGAAGUCUGUCACUGCUACAGUUCCUGUUUCACAUCAACGGCGCCCCCCGGAGGUUCAAGCGGCAGAUGAUCCAAGUUCAGCCUCUGGCUCAACGUUCCCCCUCACUCAAGUAGACAAGGGAACAACUCCAAGCCCUCUGCACCGAGACGAGACUUCUCUUCAGAAUAACCAGGCGGCAGGCAACAUCAGAGCAUCCAACCAGCCAAACACACCAGCUGAGGAUUCAAAGACGACCACCACAGAAAACAAAGCUGAACCAGCCAGGAUCAGUUCACACAGAGAAGACGCUGUCAAGGUGGACACUCCUGUCAGGCAGGAACACCAGCCAAUCACAGCAAAAGACUCACAAACACAUCACAUAGUCCCACCUCCUGCUCAGCCCGGCGCACCACCAGUUAAAGAGGAGCCCAAAGAGCCAGAGGGACCCAGUGUGGAACUGGCAACCUCACCCAAGGUUUCCCCCAAACCCGCCUGUGAGCGCACGGCUUUGGAACUGGAGCCGCUGCUGCCCUCAAAACCAGAACCAGAACUGCGGCCGGAACAAGUUCUCCAGCUAUCAGGGAAACCACAACAGGAGGGAGCAGAUGAGGAGAAACCGGUCGACGUCAUGAUCGACAAUAAGGAGCCAGUGUGCGAGGCAGAAAAGCAACUGUGGGCGACUGUGGAGGAGACAACGGAGGGAGGGAUGGAAAGUAGUGAGAGCACUGAAGAGAAGGAGGAGAAGCAGGAGGAGGGUGAUGUAAGAGGGGGGCUUAAAGGCCAACCAGCUGACCUCCCUGAUGGUGGAGGGAAGAAACCAUCAUCACAGCUUGAAGGCACCCCCAGCCCAAACACCAAUGAUAAACACACUGACAUACACAUUGCUUCUCCCCACCACUGUGAGAUGAAGACAUCUCGACUUCCUACAUUACCAGAAGAAGAAACUUCUGACUUUAAGUCCCCUGAUCCCAUUCCAGCGGUCAGAGAAGAGGCUGAUGGGAAGGAUGAUGCAGCUGAGGACCUGGUGAACUCCAGCCAGUCGUUGCUCCAGUGGUGUCAGGACAUCACCAAAGGGUACCAGGGAGUGAAGGUCACCAACUUCAGCACAUCCUGGAGAAAUGGCCUGGCGUUCUGUGCCAUCCUACAUCACUUCCACCCAGACAAAAUAGAUUUUGACAAGCUGGACUCGCAUGACAUCAAGCUUAACAACAAGAAGGCAUAUGACGGUUUCGAAGCGCUGGGAAUCUCUCGUCUGUUGGAGCCGUCCGACAUGGUUCUUCUAUCUGUCCCCGAUAGGCUCAUAGUCAUGACCUACCUCAGCCAGAUCCGCUCACACUUCACCAACCAGGAGCUGAGCGUGCUGCAGAUAGAGCACAACAGCAGCCAGUCCAGCUAUGGCCUCGCCCUCUCUGGUCCCGGUCCUACUAAUGUCGACGCUGCCGCUUUCUGCAUGGCUAGACUUAACGAAGGGGUGACCCUAGAGGAAGGAGGAAGCAGCACGUUGGUCGUUCCGCCACCCAGGACCAAACGACUGGUUAAAGUGGACGAGUCAAUAACCCCAGUCCCACCCCCAAGAUCGAUUAACAAACCAGUCAAAUCUGGACUGGCUCAGGAUGAAGACACAAUGACUACAUCUGCAACAGAAAUCACUAAUAAUACAGAGUUGCAGAGUGCAGCCGAGACCCAGCCUCCCAAACAAGAGGAAACAAUGUGUCUGCAGGACACCAGUCAGUAUGUGGUGAGUGAGCUGGCAGCGUUGGAGACUGAGCAGAAACACAUCGACAGCAGAGCCGCUGUGGUGGAGAGACGACUGCGAAGCCUCAUGGAAACAGGAAGUGACCGUGAUGAGGAGGAGAGAUUGAUCCAGGAGUGGUUCACUCUGGUGAACAAGAAGAACGCCCUAAUACGCAGACAGGACAACCUGGAACUACUGCAACAGGAGCAGGAUCUGGAGAGGCGAUUUGAGCUUCUGAACAGAGAACUUCGGGUCAUGAUGGCUAUAGAAGACUGGCAGAAGUCAUCCACUCAGCAGCAGAGGGAGCAGCUGCUCCUCCAGGAGCUGGUGUCUUUGGUCAACCAGCGGGACGAGAUCAUCAGAGACAUAGAUGCCAAGGAGAGAGGGGCGCUGGAGGAGGAUGAGCGUCUGGAGCGCGGGCUAGAGAUGAGGAGAAGAAAAUACAGCAACAAAGACAAGUGUGUCCUACAGUGAGAAGAGAGGACAUACACAAAACAUAUUAUUACUACUACUAAGCCUCUGAAGUCCAUAAAGAUGAUUGUCUUUUUAAAUCUUGUUCCUAAUUUUUCACAAGAUAAAAACAGGAUUUUUGAUGCUCCGUAUUUCAUUUUUUUUAAGUGCCUUUAUUUUUACGGAGAACUGUUCAUACAAAUUCUGGGGAAACCUGAUGGGCUACAAACUCUGCCUUCUUUAUCCCUUUUAUUAUUUUCAGUCUGUCUUAACGUAAUAGUAUUAUUUUGAUUCUCUUCACAUAUUUUUAUUUAUUUAAAUGAUGUAUCAGAUUGUUGUACAUCAUCUUGCACAUAUGAUGUUUUGUGUUUGUGUGUUUAUUCUUGAGUUUGUUCAGUAUUUCAUCACUGGCUUUUCCUCUUCUUUUUUAUACAAAGAAUAGGUCCCCCUUGUCAUGACAAGAGCUUGUCAAAAAAGAUUAUGGCCAAAUGUGCCAUGUCCUUUUAUGGGAAAUAGUUUACGGUAUUUGUCUGUCUGUUUUAGACAUUUGAAAAAUAUUUUGAUGUAACAUGCCAAGAAGUUACAUUAACAACAAAUGCGACAAGUCAUGAGCUGGACUCAGGGUACAUGUUUUCAACUACAUGAUGACCCCCAACAUCACAUUUUGAUAAUCCCUAAAAGUAUUUCCACUUAAUGCAAUGUUAUAUUUGUUUCAUUUUUUAGAUAUUUGAUGUGGAACAUUUUGUUCAUAUUAAGGUUAUCAAACCUUGUGUGCACACAAAGGAUGCUCAAAGUGGUUUCAAGUAUAACAUCCAGCUGAAAGAUUUUUUUAAAAGUUAGACCCUGAAUGCCUUAAUGCCAUGUGUAUGGUUGUGAUCUUUUUCUUCACAGAACCGAACCUGUUAUGUAAUUUCUGCGUUCAUCUGACUACUGUAUGCUUUUUAAGGUGUGCAGAUAAAUUGGUACUCUGCUUCACAUCGCUACUGUAUACCUGUCACACACUGUAUACCUGAUGUUGCUGUCUAUAUUUAUGAGGUGAAGAUAUGAUGAAUGGUGAAUGAUAUUAAUAAAGAUAUUGAAGAAAAAUAAA